GGGAGCUCCUGGGGGCGGGUCCAGCACUGAAGCCCCACCCCAGAGCCGACGUAGAGGGCGGGGCGGGGCCAAGCGCGCGGCGUCUGGUGACUGACUGACCGCUCGGCGCCAUGGCCGCGGACGCGCGCGCCAAGGCCGCCACUCUGGACCUGAGACGUCGGCUGCUCAGCUCUUCCUGCAGACUCUUUUUUCCUGAGGAUCCUGUUAAGAUUAUCCGAGGCCAAGGGCAGUACUUGUACGAUGAGCAAGGGCGAGAGUACCUGGACUGCAUCAACAACGUGGCUCAUGUCGGGCACUGCCACCCUACCGUGGUCCAAGCUGCACAUGGACAGAACCUGGUGCUCAACACCAACAGCCGAUAUCUACAUGACAACAUCGUGGACUAUGCCCAGAGGCUGUCAGAGACCCUGCCGGAGAAGCUUUCUGUGUUUUAUUUCCUGAAUUCUGGGUCAGAAGCCAACGACCUGGCCUUGAGACUAGCUCGCCAGUACACAGGACACCAGGAUGUGGUGGUAUUAGACCAUGCUUAUCAUGGUCACCUGAGCUCAUUGAUCGACAUCAGUCCCUACAAGUUCCGGAAUCUGGAUGGCCAGAAGGAAUGGGUCCAUGUGGCUCCGCUCCCAGACACCUACCGCGGACCUUACCGGGAAGACCACCCCAAUCCAGCAGGGGCCUAUGCCAGUGAGGUGAAGCAUGUCAUCAGCAGUGCACAGAAGAAGGGCAGGAAGAUUGCAGCCUUCUUCGCUGAGUCUCUGCCUAGUGUGAGUGGACAGAUCAUUCCCCCUGCUGGAUACUUCUCCCAGGUGGCGGAGCACAUACGCAGAGCCGGAGGGCUCUUUGUGGCUGAUGAGAUCCAGGUUGGUUUUGGCCGAGUAGGCAAACAUUUUUGGGCCUUCCAGCUGGAGGGAGAAGACUUUGUCCCCGACAUUGUCACCAUGGGCAAGUCCAUCGGCAAUGGUCAUCCUGUUGCCUGCCUGGCCACUACCCAAGCUGUGUCAAGGGCAUUUGAAGCUACCGGUGUAGAAUACUUCAACACGUUUGGUGGCAACCCUGUGUCCUGUGCUGUGGGGCUAGCAGUCCUGGAUGUCUUGAAAACAGAACAGCUCCAGGCUCAUGCCACUAAUGUGGGCAGCUUCCUUAUGGAGCACCUCAGCCAGCAGAAAGCCAAACAUCCUAUCAUUGGAGAUGUCAGGGGCACUGGGCUCUUCAUUGGUGUGGAUCUGAUCAAGGAUGAGACCCUGAGGACACCAGCAACUGAAGAGGCAGAGUAUUUGGUCUCCAGGCUAAAGGAAAACUACAUUUUACUGAGCACUGACGGCCCUGGGAGGAAUAUCCUGAAGUUCAAGCCUCCAAUGUGCUUCAGCCUUGAUAACGCACAGCAUGUGGUAGCAAAGCUGGAUGACAUUCUAACAGACAUGGAAGAAAAAGUACGAAGUUGUGAAACACUGAGGAUCAAGCACCCUCCAGGUAAGCCAGACUUGGCCCCUCCUCCACCAGUAGAUUCCCAACAUUUCAACUUGCAUUUGCUAGAUUGAAAUGAAGGAUGUAGAACAUACAAUAUGGGGCAAGAUGUUCUCUAAAUAUGGAGACAAUGGGCAUAAAAUGAUAGCUGAAAAGAUCAGAUGGGGAAAACAGCUAAAGGACCUCUGCUCCAGGAGACCUUAGUCCCAGAGCACGUGGCAUCUCCAAUACUGGGCAAGGUCUUACAGAGCAUCCCACACUCACCCAGGCUUGGGGUUUUGUUUAAUUUUUAUUUCAAAAGCUUGGAUAGCUUCAAUAUCCAGGUCGUGGCAAAAUCAGGACACGUGUAAAAUACCUUACAAUACAUUAGAUUCCCAAAAGGUACCAAAAAGUACAGUAAAAUUAACACUUCCAUUACUGGAAAUGUAUGACACAAAUAAUAUAAAAUUAAAAGGUGAAAAAGGUGACACUGGUUUCCUAAGAUACAGUUUACUCUUUACAACCAGGGUCCACAGGUCCAGGCUGCAGAGCGGCAGCAGGAAGCAGACCCUCCAAUCUAGAACAGGGUAACCUGGUAAUAAAAUCAGCCCCCUAAUGCCGCUCUGACCUCUGAGACGCCACACGCUGCCUACAACAACUAGAGCUCUGGAAUAGUAAACAGGAGAGUGAUUUCCGGGGGAAAUUUUAAAUAAGAUGCACAUGGGACAGGCCAUAAAAGUUUGCCAAGUUAAA